AUAAUUGGAUUUGAAAUAGUCUUAUUCAGUAUGUCAGAUAUGGAAUAUAACAAUCAUAGCUUAGAUAAAGCCACUUGUUUUGAUUAUGUUGUUACCGUGAAGCAAAUGGAUGAAACAUUCGUGCAAUUAAACAAGCAUUCAAGGUGCCUUAUCAUUAGUGGGGUCUUUAUACUAAUUGGUGUUAUAAUAUUUGCCGUCGUCGUUGUGCCCAAAUUUGGACAUGGACAACAAAAUGACCGAGAUGAUUCACCAAGGACUCUGCCUCCUGCGCAACACGAGUAUAUGGUGUGGAAGAUCAAACGAAGCCUCGAGGCGCCUGCAAACAGUCCAAUAACUAACGUGGACCACGAGGCCAGCGGUUGUCCAGAAUCGUAUUGUAAGCGAUGUUCCGCUAACGUUCCUGAUUCUCUGGAAGGGGAUGAGAAUAAUUAUGCAAUGACAUGCCCAAACAUCGACUGUCACGACUCCCUUCUGUACGAUGAAUUGCUUGAGAAAUUCGGAAAAACGACAAGCUGUGGCCGAGUGAAUUGCUGCAUGUUAAAAUGGUCCCGACCCAAAGACUACUGUAAAAACGGUGGUAGUCUCAAGUGCUUCAACGGUAAAGAACCCAUAUGCGUGUGUCUAAAAGGCUGGACAGGUGACACUUGUGAAACGCCGAGAGAGACACAGGUUAACUGUAGCUGCUACAACAAAGAGUUGAUUCAUGAUCAAACACUCAGUGGGCAACGGUUUAUGCCGAAGUGUUUGAGUUCCAACAAAACAAGCACAUGGGAAAAGUGUCAUAUGAAUAAAGAUAAAUUCAACUGCAUCUGUGAAAGAACAGAAAAUAAUGAGGAAGCACGCAACCUUACACUACCAAGUUGUGACGUCACAGCUGAUCCUCCUACCAGUGCUAACGUGGACCACGAGGCCAGCGGUUGUUCAGAAUCGUAUUGUAAGCGAUGUUCCGCUAACGUUCCUGAUCCUCUGGAAGGGGAUGAGAAUAAUAAUGCAAUGACAUGCCCAAACAUCUACUGUCACGACUCCCUUCUGUACGAUGAAUUGCUUGAGAAAUUCGGAAAAACGACAAGCUGUGGCCGAGUGAAUUGCUGCAUGUUAAAAUGGUCCCGACCCAAAGACUACUGUAAAAACGGUGGUAGUCUCAAGUGCUUCAACGGUAAAGAACCCAUAUGCGCGUGUCUAAAAGGCUGGACAGGUGACACUUGUGAAACGCCGAGAGAGACACAGGUUAACUGUAGCUGCUACAACAAAGAGUUGAUUCAUGAUCAAACACUCAGUGGGCAACGGUCUUUGCCGGAGUGUUUGAGUUCCAACAAAACAAGCACAUGGGAAAAGUGUCAUAUGAAUAAAGAUAAAUUCAACUGCAUCUGUGAAAGAACAGAAAAUAAUGAGGAAGCACGCAACCUUACACUACCAAGUUGUGACGUCACAGCUGAUCCUCCUACCAGUGCUAACGUGGACCACGAGGCCAGCGGUUGUUCAGAAUCGUAUUGUAAGCGAUGUUCCGCUAACGUUCCUGAUCCUCUGGAAGGGGAUGAGAAUAAUAAUGCAAUGACAUGCCCAAACAUCUACUGUCACGACUCCCUUCUGUACGAUGAAUUGCUUGAGAAAUUCGGAAAAACGACAAGCUGUGGCCGAGUGAAUUGCUGCAUGUUAAAAUGGUCCCGACCCGAAGGCUACUGUAAAAACGGUGGUAGUCUCAAGUGCUUCAACGGUAAAGAACCCAUAUGCGUGUGUCUAAAAGGGACAAGCUGGACAGGUGACACUUGUGAAACGCCGAGAGAGACACAGGUUAACUGUAGCUGCUACAACAAAGAGUUGAUUCAUGAUCAAACACUCAGUGGGCAACGGUCUUUGCCGGAGUGUUUGAGUUCCUCCAAAUCAAGCCCAUGGGAAAAGUGUCAUAUGAAUAAAGAUAAAUUCAACUGCAUCUGUGAAAGAACAGAAAAUAAUGAGGAAGCACGCAACCUUACACUACCAAGUUGUGACGACGUCACAGCUGAUCCUCGUACCAGUGCGGCAGAGCACAUUUUGUCUGGACAUUUAACAACAGUACUUGUGUUUGUUUUGACGGUUUGCAUCCGAAACACAGAUUUAGAGCGUUCGCAAGAGAUAUAUUGACAUUCCAAUGUCAAGUAAAGUACUCUUUGUCCCUGGAGAAUGGAAAUGUGUUCGGAGACUGAAAAAUGGCUGUGCUUUACAAAGUUCAAUAAGCGAGAAAAUGACAUGUGAUUCGGAUACAGUAUGUCUCGGUACAUUGAAAUAAUCCCAGUGAUGAAUAAACAUAAUGCGCUCUCUCUGGUCAAUCAUGCGUUUAAUGGCGCAAUAAUUCGAAACAAAGGCUCAAAAGAUUAAGGCUUCGAAUUUAUGUUUUAAAGGGAUGUGAUGCUGGAGAAUGGACAUGUGUUCGGAGACUGUAAAUUAGCUUGGUUUUAUAAAGUUCAAUAAGCGAAGUAAUACCUCAGAUUAGGAGACAGUAUGUGAGAUAAAAUUGUAACACUGCAAUUCCAAACUAACUUCCUAGGAAAGUUGAAUAUGCAAUUGUGGUGAAUUAUUAAAUGUUCCAACUGGUGCAGAAAGAACAAGGUUAAUUUUUUAAGAAAAUAAUCAAAGAGUCGUAUCGUUUCCUUCUGACGUUUGGACCAAAACUAUUUGAAUAAAUGUUGCGCUUUCAAUCAUUAUUUAAGCAACAUCCAAUUGUACAUAACUCUGUGUUAGAUAGUGCCAAGCAAUGUUGUUGUUUUUUGCUCAUUUCGCGUAUAUACAAAUUGAAAUGGUGUAUAGUUAGUAUAAAAUUGUACAUAUAUUUAUAUAAUAAGA